AUGUCGGAUACACCGCGUGGCCAUCUCUUUGUUCGCGUUGAUGGACAUAGAACCAAGACCUCGUCAGUUCGCAAACACUAUGACGAUAGGCGCGCAGUGACGCCUUCAAUCAAGACGAACCUACAAGCUGAUCCAGUCAACGAGGGAGGAAACUUGACUUUAUUUUGCAACGCUUCUGGAAGCUCAUUGGCGAUAUCAUGGACAAAAAAUGGAUCUGGUAUAAAUUCCAGUGAGGACACGAGGAUUCGUCUGCCAGGAGACAAAGAGCAGCUGACCAUAACGAAUGUGAGUAGAACAGACAAUGGAGCCUACCAGUGUGCGGCGAGCAACAAUGUUGGAAAUGUUACCUCCAAUGCCGUCAUAGUGACUGUUCGAUUUGGGCCUGAAAUAUCCCAAGCUCCAAGUGAUACCACGAAAGUGGUAGGAGAGACCGCUGUGUUCAGUUGUUUGGUAGCAGGCCACCCUACGCCUGAUGUUGCUUGGACAAAGAAUGACAUUGAAUUGAAUAUAACAGCAAAUUCACGAUUAAGUGGCUUUGAUAAGGAUAAAAAUCACAGUUUGACAGUAACAAAUGUUGAACAGUUGGAUGCUGGAAAGUACCGAUGUGUCGGCAGUAACAUUUUGGGUAACUCCACUUCAUCUCCAGCGACUCUUACUGUGCAAUUUUCGCCGGAGGUGGCAAUUGAUGGAGAUCAGGUUCAGUUUGUCGCAAAUGGCACACAUUUACAGCUGACAUGCCGCUUUACCGCUUUGCCUCCCGCGUCUGAGGUGCAGUGGAUAAAAGACGAGACUGUGAUUGCAUCAACCCUCACUGCGCCCCCGAAUGGGUCACGAGUGAAUAUUUCACAUCAUAAUGAAAGCCAAGCUCAGCUGUCAAUCAAGGCAGUUUCCUUAANGUUGUUGUCUGUGAAGGCUUCAGUGUAA